GGAUGCAUCCAAUUGACCGAGGUUCUUGGUGUCGGUGCCUAUGGAGUAGUUUACCGCGCUUUCGAUAUGCGCACAGGAGUCCAGUACGCCGUGAAGGCGUUGAACAAGGUUGGACUCGAACCCAGGCAGAGGAGUUUCCAGGAGAGAGAGAUCCAGCUUCAUCACCAAGUAAGCCAACACCCCAACGUGGUUUCUCUGGUCAAGGUUCUGGACUCUCCGGAUUGUACUUUUGUUGUUAUGGAAUUCUGCCCUGAGGGCGACCUCUUCUCAAGGAUCACGGAACAAGGCUUCUACAUUGGCCGUGAUGCUUUGGCCAAGAAUGCCUUUCUUCAAAUCCUGGAAGCUGUCGAGUUCUGUCACUCAGUUGGUAUCUACCACCGUGACCUCAAGCCUGAAAACAUCUUGGUUUCCUCGGAUGGCAUCACUUUGAAGCUUGCCGAUUUUGGUCUUGCCACUCAGGACUACUACACAUCGGACUUUGGUUGUGGAUCCACCUUUUACAUGUCUCCUGAAUGUCAGCAAUCCAACUCGCGCCCCAAUGCUUGCUACGCUUCUGCCCCUAAUGACAUCUGGUCCCUCGGUGUAAUUUUGGUCAACCUGACUUGCGGCCGCAAUCCUUGGAAGAAGGCAUCCAUGGAGGACUCUACUUUCCGUGCCUACAUGAAGGAUCGCAGUUUCCUAAAGUCCAUACUUCCUCUCUCUUCCGAUCUUGAUCACAUUCUAAGCCGGGUUUUCGACCUCAACCCUGCACAAAGAAUGACACUUCCUGAGCUCAAACAGGCCAUC